AUGACUCUUCUCGCCGGUGUCCAACUCGAAAAGUUCGACAAGUCCAAGGUCGACGCUUCUGAAGCUCUCGCUGGAAAGAUUGUCGGAUUCUACUUCUCGGCUCACUGGUGCCCACCAUGCCGUGCAUUCACCCCAAUCCUCAAGGACUUUUACGGAGAGGUUGACGAUGAUCUCGAGAUUGUCUUCGUCUCGCUCGACAGAAGUGAGAGUGAUCUCAAAAGCUACAUGAAAGAGUGCCACGGAGAUUGGUACCAUAUCCCAUAUGGAUCGGAUACCAUCAAGGAGCUCUCCACCAAGUAUGGCGUCUCUGGAAUUCCAGCUCUCAUCAUCGUCAAGCCAGACGGAACCACCAUCACUCAAGACGGCCGCAACGACGUUCAAAACGGAAAGAGCCCAAAGGCCACCAUUGCCAAAUGGAAGAGUGCUUAA